GAGAGGCAAAAUUCAGCAUUCAUUGGUCAUCAUUUCAGAAAGGAAAUUUAUUUUUCUGUUAAGUUUGCCCCUCACUGAACAUGCAAGGAACCCCUCUUUGAAAAAUGGGCAGCUCAACAGGGCUCAGCUUCUCAGAGAGCAUUCCCCUACUGCAACACAGAAGUGAGUGAAUGUGGUCACAUGCCCCAACCCACAUGCUUCCGUACAGUUAGGAUUAGAAAAGCUUUCCUGUCGCUGCUCAGUCAGUGUGUGGGAGCCGCAGCCAAACUGUGAAAACCAGCAUGCGUGUCCAGAGUUGGGUCGCCAUCUGAAUUCUCAAAAACCCGGAAAGGUGUUCCUCAAUAAGUCACCUCCUUGACCUUAAGCCUCCAUUGCAAGGCUCACUACAGGCCAACAAGGCUGAGUUCGCUUCCUCCUCCUCCUACACAUGUUAUAAGACAGGACGGGUCGGGGCAUUGAAGAGUUGCCUAGUUGUAGGCAACUAUCACAGCUACAUACUAUAUGACCCAAAAAACUUCUCCUGAUCGAUGGUUUGAAGCGAUCACCAGAUCAGAUCUUCUACAACCAACAUAUCCAUUGAUAUUUUUGCGACAAAUAUAUUAGCUAUGGUGAGAAAGUCCGAGACAAAGGGCGCAACCGACAAUGAACUGUUGAAAGAAUGCAAAGAAGAGACCAAUUGUGAUUGUGAAUCAAUCUCAUGGACAAACCUGUCAAAAGGAACUCGCAUAGAUCCUCCGGAUAACACCAUGGCUAUCAUUAUUGAUGUAGUGCACGAUAAGGGGCGAAUUCGGAUAUACAAAAAAGAUAGCGACAACCAUAUUGAUGGUGUUGGGAUAGAGUGGACCAGACACAAGGUCAUGGUUCCUUGGAACAACAACUGGUGGUUUAGAGCCUCAGGGUCACUUCCUGUCAGGUAUAUCAUCAAGUGAGCUCUUGACUAGCACUCUCUCAGUCCCUUCUUACAUCACUCGUGGGCGUUGUAUUAUUAAUCAACGCGUCAGUUCAUCGGAUAUUGGUAUGGUAUGAAUGAUGAGGUGUUUGCAUAUGUAUCAGUUAACCACAGCUUUCCCCAAACUUGGUCUCUAGAGCUCAUGGCAGCAACAACAUCAUCAAUAUCGAGUUCAUAAA